CGCUCGCUCGCCGGCGGAUCCCCCGGCGUUCCUCGAGGUACGCGCCCGUGCCGGUCUGCCUCCACCUCUCCGGCCUCAUCCUCCUUCUCCGGCACGGCGCCACGCAAACUAAGGCGAGAUGGCAAUGGCUUCGUCGUCGGCGUACCCUCCGCCCCCUCCGUUUUACCGGCUGUACAAGGAUUUUGAGCAGGACCCCUCGUCUGCGCCGGAACCCCCACCGCCAAUCGAUGGAGCGUACCAACUCUUCGGCGCUACCUACACGACAGAUGUGGUGCUCCCAAGUCUGGAGGAUCAAGGUGUUCGGCAGCUCUAUCCAAAGGGCCCAGAUAUUGACUUCAAGAAGGAACUAAGGACACUCAACAGAGAGCUCCAACUCCAUAUCCUGGAACUAGCAGAUAUUCUAGUGGAGAGGCCGUCUCAAUAUGCUCGCAGGGUUGAAGAUAUUUCGCUCAUUUUCAAGAACCUGCACCAUCUUCUUAAUUCCCUACGACCACACCAGGCAAGAGCGACAUUGAUUCACCUUCUUGAGAACCAGAUACAGCGCCGUAAGCAAGCAAUUGAGGAUAUAAAGCAGAGGAGAGAGGAGGCACAGAGGCUACUUGGGGAGUCGCUGGUUAUUAUAGAUGGAAGCCAGCAGGUUAUGACUCCAAUGUGAAGGCCUCUGAGAAACUGGGUUUCUUGGUGCCAGGUUGGCUGGAUAAAGAUGAACUAUCGGCGUUUUAGGUGGUGAAUGCAUUUCGCGGGUUGCCUGUAGAAAUAGCCUGGAUUAAGACAUUUAUGAGAUACUUCUAGCUUGUCAAGGUGGAUGUGUAUGUUGUGAAGCUUCUAAGCACUGAAUGUGGUUAGCCCAGUGUUGGAUUACUUACAUUUUGUAAUGUUUAGAAUCCGUGUUUCCCUUUUUGUUUAAUUCUAUGCUAUGUACCGGAAUGCAGCUCUGGCAUGCUCCAGGCCUCGUAACCAGCACCAAUGUUGCAUGUUUAGGAGUCACUGGAUCACAAUGAUAGUUGUUGAGGACUUAGGAUUUAGUCAUCCUUUUUACCUCUAGUCACUGUAAUCUGGACAUAUUUCCGUUGGGUUUGUGCUUCAUAGUCGUGGGUCACUGUGUUGUAGUAGAUUGAUGUUGCUAGAUGUUCAGUUGUUGGUUGUUGGUU